UUACACCUUCACUAUAAAAAUCAGGUCUUGAGCCGCUCCUUCGCCUAGUUCCGGUUCUCUUGCCCAAGGAUCUUGCAGAUCAUCUUGACUCAGCCAUGGCAGAUAAGGCAGUUACUAUUCGUACCAGGAAGUUCAUGACUAACCGCCUUCUUUCCAGGAAGCAAUUUGUAAUUGACGUUCUUCAUCCGGGAAGGGCUAAUGUCUCAAAGGCUGAGCUUAAGGAGAAGUUGGCAAGAAUGUAUGAUGUUAAAGACCCCAAUUCAAUCUUUGUCUUUAAGUUCCGGACUCAUUUUGGAGGUGGUAAAUCUACCGGAUUUGGUUUGAUUUAUGAUUCUGUUGAUAAUGCCAAGAAGUAUGAGCCUAAGUACAGGCUUAUCAGGAAUGGUCUAGACACCAAGGUAGAGAAGUCAAGGAAGCAGAUGAAGGAGAGGAAGAACAGGGCCAAGAAAGUCCGCGGUGUAAAGAAGACCAAGGCCUCAGAUGCGGCCAAGAAGAAGUGAAUUACUGGGGAUUAUGUGUCAGUCACGAAGCCAAUUUUCUUUAAUGGAGUUUCUUUAAUAGUAGUUUUGUUUAUUUUUUCAAAUGAAAUCUAUUACUGUGGUGAGAGUCCAAUGUUUACUUAAUGUUGUUAGAAUUUGAGAACUGCCCAGAAGACAUUUUUUAAGAAUUGAGUACUAAUAUAUUUCUGUUUUCUUA